AGUUUCCAGUACCUCCCUCCUCCCUCCGAUUAUUGCAGUCUCGCCGGUUUGCCGCCAUCUUCACGCUGGUGCUGCUCCCCAGUCUUCUUAAUUUUAUUUCCAGCGAGAGGAGGAAGAUGGUGUUUGGGCAAGUAGUGAUUGGUCCUCCUGGCUCCGGCAAAACAACCUACUGCAAUGGCAUGUCUCAGUUCCUGAAACUUAUUGGAAGGAAGGUUGCUGUAAUUAAUCUGGAUCCUGCUAAUGAUUCACUGCCCUACGAAUGCGCUGUAAACAUCGAGGAUAUUGUGAAAUUAAGUGAUGUAAUGGCCGAACAUUCUCUAGGUCCUAAUGGGGGCCUUGUGUAUUGUAUGGACUAUCUGGAGAAAAAUAUUGACUGGUUACAAGCUAAGUUGGAACCCCUUCUGAAAGAUCACUAUCUACUGUUUGAUUUUCCUGGCCAAGUUGAACUAUUUUUCCUUCAUUCAAAUGCAAAGAAGGUCAUCAUGAAACUCAUUAAAAACUUGAACCUGAGGUUGACUGCAGUGCAUUUGGUUGAUGCUCAUCUUUGCAGUGACCCUGGAAAGUAUAUUAGUGCACUGCUUCUGUCCUUAUCGACAAUGUUACAUCUAGAACUCCCUCACAUUAAUGUCUUGUCGAAAAUUGAUUUAAUUGAGAGCUAUGGGAGGCUAGCAUUUAAUCUUGACUUCUUCACAGAUGUGCAAGACUUGUCAUAUUUACAACGCCAUCUUGAUCAGGAUCCUCGUGCUGCUAAGUACAGAAAACUAACGAAGGAAUUAUGUGAAGUUAUAGAAGACUACAGUCUUGUAAACUUUACAACCUUAGAUAUUCAGGACAAAGAAAGUGUUGGGAAUUUAGUGAAGCUGAUAGACAAAAGCAAUGGGUACAUAUUUGCUGGCAUAGAUGCAAGUGCAGUUGAAUUCAGCAAGAUUGCUGUUGGCCCUGUUGAUUGGGAUUAUUAUAGAGUUGCAGCAGUGCAAGAGAAGUACAUGAAGGAUGGUGAAAACAUUGAUUAUGAUGAUUGAUGGGGAAGUUCAGAAACGUUUUGGGAGGAGAAUGACACCCUAGUAUUAAUGGUUCUUGCGAAUACAAUCAAAGCAUCAAAUUUGACAGUUUCUUUCACAGAAUCACCCGGAACAGUUCAACUGCGAGGGGCGGCUGAAUUUGUGGUUCGGGAUCUUACUUUCAUAUGGUAUUUACUACUAAGUGGAAUAUGGUUGGUCUUGAAAUGAAAUUGUCGUGUUCAUGUAAAAUCGAUUUAAUUUACUCAUGCAAACACCCCAGCCCCCAAAAACCGGUGGUUAUGUCCAUUUUUGGACCAUAUUGGAAUACAAUGAAAGAGGUAUUGGAAUUCUAAUUCUAAUUUCACCGAUA